AUUAAAUCCAGCUGCUCCAUUCUUACACUAAUCAGCUGUCAUAUCAAAACUGAUCAUUAUGUUCCUUUUAAGCAUUUCAAAGUCAUUCCCGUGUCUCCGCUCUAUCUGCCAGAUUAUCCUCACAAGUACGGCUCAGAGGGAGGCUGUGCUGACCGCUCUGUGUUUGAAAGGAUGAAGAAGUACCAGGCGUCUGCAGUCGAAGAGCCGAGCGAUGGGGUAAGCAGGGUGACAGAAGACGAUGACGCUUACGGUCCAGUUAUUCUGAGGAAAAAGAGGGCAGCUGGGAAGGACAAAAACACCUGCCAGCUCUACAUCCAGACUGACCACUUCUUCUAUAAAUACUACGGCUCCAGGGACGCCGUCAUCGCCCAGAUCUCCAGCCAUGUGAAGGCCAUUGACUCCAUUUACCAGGACACAGACUUCUUGGGCAUCCGAAACAUCAACUUCAUGGUUAAAAGGGUCAGGAUCAAUACCACAGAGAAUGCCAAGGACACCACCAAUCCUUUUCGCUUUUCUAACAUUGGCGUGGAAAAAUUUCUGGAGCUGAACUCUGAGCAGAACCACGACGAGUACUGCCUGGCCUACGUCUUCACCGACAGGGACUUUGAUGACGGCGUGCUCGGGUUGGCUUGGGUCGGCGCUCCUUCAGGAAGCUCUGGAGGCAUUUGUGAGAAAAGCAGGCCCUACUCUGAUGGGAAGAAGAAAUCUCUCAACACCGGUAUCAUCACUGUGCAGAACUAUGCGUCACACGUCCCGCCUAAAGUGUCACACAUCACCUUCGCACACGAAGUUGGACACAACUUUGGCUCUCCCCAUGACUCUGGGAGUGAGUGCACCCCUGGAGAAUCCAAGGAGAAGUUGAAGAAGGAGUCGGGAAACUUCAUCAUGUACGCCAGAGCCACAUCGGGGGACAAACUGAACAACAACAGGUUCUCCAUCUGCAGCAUUCGGAAUAUAAGCGCAGUUCUGAUGAAGAAGAAAGAUUCCUGCUUUGUUGAGUCUGGUCAGCCCAUCUGUGGCAAUGGACUGGUGGAAGCAGGAGAGCAGUGCGACUGCGGCUACAGAAUUGACUGUAAGGACGAGUGCUGCUAUAAUGCCGACGAAGGGCCGGAAUUAAAGUGCAAACUUAAACCUGGAAAAAUCUGCAGUCCAAGCCAAGGCCCGUGUUGUACAACUAAAUGUACUUUUAAGGAUAAUAGUGAGAGUUGCAGAGUGGCAUCUGAAUGUGCUCAAAAAGGCUUUUGCAACGGACGCGUUGCGCAGUGUCCAACCUCAGAACCAAAGGAAAACAACACCGCCUGCCACGAGGGGACACAAGUUUGCAUCAAUGGGAUCUGCUCUGGUUCUAUUUGUAUGAAGUACGGUCUGGAAGUGUGCACCUGCGCCAGUAAAGACAACAAGAACGAAGCAGCUGAGCUCUGCCAUGUUUGCUGCCAGGAAAAAAACGAUGCCAGCACCUGCAGCAGCACCGGUUCAGAAAAAUGGGCUAAAUUCUUUAAUAAAGAAGUGAAAACGCUGCCGCCUGGCUCACCCUGCAACGACUUUAAAGGAUACUGUGACGUCUUCAAGAAGUGCCGACUGGUGGACGCCGACGGGCCGCUGGCCAGGCUGAAGAAAGCGUUUUUAAACCCAGAGCUGUAUGAGAACAUCGCAGAUUGGAUUGUGGCUCACUGGUGGGCUGUGCUGCUGAUGGGAGUUGCUCUCAUUAUGCUGAUGGCGGGUUUCAUCAAGAUCUGCAGCGUUCACACACCCAGCAACAACCCCAAACUUCCCGAACAUAAACACCUCACAGAUACACUAAGAAUAAACAGAGGUCAGCGACAGCAGCACCAGCAGCAACGACGAGGUCAGCAUUACCAACCACGGUCCGGAGAACGGGUAUUGAUGCAACCCCUGAGGCAAUGAGACGACUCUCUGCUCCUUGCCUUUGUUCUUAGUGCCUACAACAGGAGCACUUUACUCCAAAGAGUUACCUUUACCACAGAAAUCAAAUUUCAAAGAACUUUGAACCGAAGAUGUUUUAUUGUGGGGGCUGCUGUCUUCUCCCUCCUCUUCUCUGAGAGCCAGUUUAAUAAUGGUUCACAAAGCUUUUAUAGGAAACAAAUCUUUCAAGGCGGGAUGAGUUUGCAGUUGUUUUUCCAUGUGGUCUUAAUUAUCUCACUUUGUUUCUUUCAAAGAUUUUUUUUUUCUCAUCGUUUAUGAGAACGGAUGGUUAUGAUUUUAUGAUUUUGUU